AUGGCUUUAGCGAGUGGACACUGGAUUGAAAAGGACUCUAAAGGACAGGCCCCCAGCCCCAGAUUUGGACAUGCUUUGGCUGUAGCUGGAGAUGUGGCGUUUGUGUUUGGAGGAGCUGCUCUCUCUCCUCUGCAGGACGGCCCACUUUACCUGAACGACUUCCACAUGCUCACAGUGUCGUCGCAGGAGGUGAUGUGGGAGCAGAUCCCUCACACGGGGAGGGUCCCCUCACCACGAGAAGGUCCCACACUCUGUGUGGUGAAGGGAAAGCUCUUCCUGUUUGGAGGCGUGUCUUCUCCUGAGGACUCCGAGUGUCUCUCAGACGUCUACAGCUUCGAUAUCGUGUCUCUGGAGUGGUCAUUGCUGGAGGUCAAAGGUCGUCUGCUGAAAACGCUCCGUCAUUGCUCCGCCUCUGUGCGAGAAAACAUCUAUGUGUACGGAGGAACAUCAGGAGGAACGGUGUCAGACGACCUCCUAGUCUUCAACACAGUGUCUCUUAAGUGGACACCAGUGAAGACAUCUGGUUCAGUCCCUCCUGCUCUGUGGGGUCAGAGCUGUGCGGUGGUCGGGGAGCAGAUCUUUAUGUUUGGAGGUUUUGGUUCAAAUGGAGACGUCAGCAGAGACCUGUACCUGCUCCUCACAGAGUCUCUGGUUUGGCAGAAGUUUGAGCUCAGAGGAGAAAGUCCAGCCCCGACCUCAGGACACAGCCUCUGUGCCCACCACGAGAAGGAUCUGUAUUUGUUUGGAGGAAAACUCCAGAGUGAAGAUGGAGCUGAGAACCCGUCCAACGAGAUCCACAAACUCAGCCUGGUGAAGAUGAAGUGGAAGGUUCCUCUGUACGUGGGAGUACCUCCAACGAGACGCCACGGACACACAGCGUUUGUACUACACAGCCACCUGUACGUGUUCGGGGGGCGGGACAAAGACCAGGACUUCAACGACCUGAAAGUCAUGAAACUGAUCAACCCGUCAGAGAGACAACCAGUGCUGAAGGGGAUCUUGUCGGAGUUCGGGCUGCAGGGCGUCGGUCACAGUUUCACUCCCACAAAAAUCCCCAAUGUACGUUAUGACAUCACAGAGUCUCUCCUGACCAAUCAGAGCACAGCAAUGGCCGCCAGUCCUCAGGCCACGGUUCUCAGAGACUUUGGUUCCGUUCGGGACGAGGCCAUGAGGAUGAUCCAGAACGCCUUCCACCUGCUGGACCAGGAGCUCACCAAACUGGACCGGGACAGGGCUGAGUUGACUCGUUCGGGGCUGGAGCUGCAGAGAGACAGAGAAAACCUGGAGGCUCUGAGACAACAGCAACAACAGGAGGUGCGGGACAUGGUGGAGAGGCAUCGCGCUCAGAACGAGGCGUGGCUCCGAGCACGAGCCGAAGAAAACGACCGUGAGAGGAGAGAGCUCAGCCGCAUUAGGGAGGAGGUGGUGGAGGAGCAGCAGAGACUGAAGGAGGAGCAGGAGUCUGUCCAGAAACGCUCCGAGCAUCUGCUGACCAUCAUGCAACAGUUUAAAGGGAUGUGA